AUGCGUAAAACUUCAACUGGUUCAACUCCCGUUCGAGGGGCUAAAACUGCUAGGUCAACAUCUUCUGGUAAUUCUCAAAAAACCACAACUUCAUCCUCUUUACAAUCAAAUCAAAGUAGUUCCAAAAAUUCAUCAACUGUCAAAAGAUCAGGUGCAUCUGUUUCUUCAAAUAAUUUAUCACCAAAAAAUACAUCUUCACAACGUUCAAGAUCUCCAUCACCUUCAUCUGCAACAACAUUGAAACCUGUUAGAGCAACUGCUUCAUCUAAAAGCUUGAACGUAAUAGUUAAACAAGCAAAAUCAUCAGCAAUUCCGGAAGAAGUAUGGAGAAUGUACGAAGUUGAUCCAAAAAGUAUCACUAUUGAUUUUAGUGGUGGAGGUUCAGAUGUAUGGUAUGAAACAGUUGACCUUAUAAGGAUGGUAGCGGCAGAUAAUCAACUUGAAGUAAUUGAUAAACGAAUCGCUGAAUUUAAUGCACUCGUAUUUAUUGAUCUUCAUAAUAAUCAUUUAUCAUCUCUUCCAAAAGAAUUUGGAGAAUUGCAAAGUCUUACUACCCUUAAUCUAUCAGUUAAUCAUUUUAAUGAACUUCCAGAUUGUUUGACUACAUUAUCUUCUCUUGUCGAGUUACAACUUUCUUCAAACAAAUUAACUGGUGUUUUAGAUUCUUCUUUCGGUAACUUGUCUAAAUUAGAAUUACUUGAUAUUUCAUCGAAUGAAAUUACAGGAUUACCAAAGGAAUUGGAAAAUUUAAAAAAUCUUCGAAAAUUAAAUCUUGCAAAGAAUAAAUUAACAAAAAUUCCUGGUAUGGCAAUAAGUGGAAUGAGGAAUUUAGAAGAACUUGAAAUUAAUGAAAAUAAAUUAGAAAUAGUUUUUACUGGAUUAAAUGGUCAAACCGUUGAAUUAUUAUCAUUAAAAAGAUUAGAUAUUCGUCAAAAUCGAUUAAAAGCUUUGGAUGAAUCACAAGAUGCUACCGUUUUUCAUCCAUCAAUAAAACUUCCGAAACUUAAAGAAUUUCUUUCUUCAUUUAAUCAAUUUGAAACUUUUGGCCCGUUACUUCAUACAACUCCUGAUCUUGAAAUUCUUGAUAUUGGUGAUAAUAAACUUCACGAACUUCCUGAAGGUUUAUUAACAUUAAAAAGUCUAAAACGUUUAGAUCUAAGUAAUAAUGACCUUAAAGUCUUGCCAGCAGAAUUAGGCAUGUUGACGGCCCUGGACUUUUUAGGCUGGGAGGGUAAUCCUAUACGGAAUGCACCAAAAGGAUCGAGAUCUACGGCGGUGGUGUUAAAAACAUUGAGAGAUAGAUUAACAACUGUUGACUUUGAAAACAUGGAUGAGCCUACAAUUCCAGAAAGAAGUACAAAUCGAGGGAAUACAGGUGUAAAAAGUGAA